AUGGACUUAUCUGAUCCCAUCGUUGCCCCAGAGGGCCAAGCUGACACAAAAAACACCGAAUCAUCCAACGAGAAAACAGAAGAGGUGAUUCACCGUCUUGAAGGUGAAAUUGACCAAGCAUACACCUCCAUUGAAGCCAAGUUUCAGACCUUGUGGACCAACGCCUCCAAGAACGCUCAAGACGUGCUGGAAAAACUCAAGCUUGACGAGAAAAAAGCAGCUUUGGUGGCUCAGCUCAACACUGCCAAAGAAAAUGUCAACAACAGUAAGCUUGUCCAGGACAAUGUCCAGUCUGUGGAUGCUCAGCUCAAAGAAAUAGGUGAACAGGUUAAGGGCCUUGAGAAGAAGAUCGACUUUGCAAGCUUGUCGAAUCAGGCCAACUCGGCUUUGGACUCGUUAGACUCUGGUUUGGAGUACGUGGAGAAACAGGCCGGCAAGUACGUGAGCCAGUUCUCCUCUUUCUUCUCCAGUAUAGUCUCUGUGGAGCCUAAGGAGACGCCCGAGGACAAGGAGCCAGAGACGCUUUUCACAAACCCCAAGUUUCCAGGCGGCAAUUACGGUUCCACACGUUUCGACAGCGAGCUCUUCAAGUUGCACACAACUGAGAGCCUCCUUUUGGACAGCUCCAAGGACACCGAAGAGAAAUUCGAUGUGGAGUCCAAAACAAACGACAUUGCCGAUUUGCUAAAGCAGUACCCAGAUACAUUGGAGAAACUUAUGCACAAGCUUGUGCCAGUUGAACUCUCAUACGACACCUUCUGGAAGCGCUAUUUCAGAUUAGAAGACGAGAUUCGUGCAAGUGAGCAGAAGAGAAAGGAGCUCCUUUCGAAGAAGGAGAAGACGGAAGCUGCAGACGAAGAGGGCGACGAGGACGAUGAUGAGGACUUCACAUGGGACGACGACGAGGAAGAAGAUGACGAUGUCGUCAAGGUCGAGAGAGUGCCCGAAGGCCGUGAAACCGAGGCAUAA